UUCCUAGGUACCAUGCCAGACCCUUACGAAAGGCCUUAUGACUCAGGUUUAUACAAAUGGAUCAAACCGGACCUGAGAACCGCAUCUCACUUAAUAAGCUCACUCGAACCAGCCAGACAAGCCAUGAGGGAUGUUAUGCGAGAAGAACUGUUUUUGGCCAGAAAUGACUUGUCUAAAAUCCUUGCACCACCUGUCUCUCGACCUAUAAGGCCGCAGCCACGUGAAUACGUGGACUUAGAUGCUGUAGAUGAGGACGAGGAGAUGCCUAUGAUGCCACCCAGUAGGAUAUCCCUCAAAGGUUCUACCAGGACGAGUAACGUGCAUUCAAGACUCGAUUCGUCUCCAGCAGACCAAUUAAGUCACGGGAUUUUAGCACAACCUAAAACCAAAGUUGUCGUUCCGGCCGGUCACAGGAUCGUCGUUUCCAAUUUGCAGGGCAGCGUCACCGAGGAGGAUAUAAAAGAGCUAUUUGAAGAUAUCGGGCAACUUUUGUCGGCCAAACUAGUCAGACCGGGAGUAGCCGAAGUGAUUUACAAGAACCUAAAGGAUGCACAAAAAGCGGUGGAUACUUACCAUAACAGACAGUUGGACGGGCAACCGAUGAAAUGCCUUUUAGUUAAUAAAAGACCGAUGAACCAACCCACUUCUAUGCCUUUACCGAAAUCCGAAGGGAUUUUAAGUCGGAGCUCAGGAUCAGACUCCUCAAACAAAUUGGUACCGGACAUAAGCACCAUCCACAAGGUACUUUUUCAAAGAAAUAAGUGAUUUGUUUGUUUUGUAGACGUUAAUGUUAUCAUUAAUAAUUGAUGCUGUUUGGUAUGUAAUAAAAAGGCUUUUCUAGGACAAGUGUGAGUGGGAUGAAUGUAUCAAUAUCAAAAAAAUUGUAGCCACUAUUAAGGCAUUAACAGUUUUGAAUAAUUAGAGUUUAGGCAUUUUAAUUUUAUUUUUUAAGGAAUAUAGUUUGAUCUGUAUCA